AUGUCUUCUAUUAUCAAAAACGAGAAUAAAGAAAUAUUUUCCUGUCAGUUUCGAGGCCUUGAAUUCUGUUGUGUUGUGGGUGACAUUCUCUCUUCAAACACUGACUGUAUUGGUGCUAUUUGUGAUUCCAAUUUUUCUCUAACAUUUGGACUGACUAAAGCUAUAAAGGAUGCUGCUGGAGAUGAUUUUUCGUUAAACCUUCAACGAGAAAGACGUAAACAAAGUUCUUCAGCAAUUUCUGUACGCCUAUCACGUAAUUGUGGUUUGCAGACUAAUUUUGUAAUUCUCUGCCCUGCUCGUCGUUCUAGCCGGGAUUCUUUUGACGAAAUUUAUAACCAUUUUCUUAGCAAAGCGAAAGAACUUCAAAUUCAAAGCAUGACACUUCCUUUGCUUGGGACUGGACAUUAUGGCUUGUCCUUCGAUCUAGCCACACAGUUUCUUAAAAAAGCGUUUACACAAUUUGCUGAUUUUGGGAAUUUAAAGAAGGUUCAAUUUAUUGAUCAGAGUGAAAAUUCAAUGGGCUUAUUACGGGAUUUCUUCAACACCCAAAUGUGUUCCAAAACAAAUGGUGUCAAAAGCACUUUUGAUUCAACACAUUCUAGUCCCGAUAUUAGCAUUAUUGUAUUUUCUGGUUCCUCAAAACCCAAUACUUGCGGGCAAUCUUCUUCGAACAAUCAAGGGUCUAGUGGAACAUCGUCUUCGAAUUCUGAUAAUUCGCCUAAUAUUAACGUCAGUCUUAUUACAGAUGAAUCUAACAUUUUAUUGCGCACUAACGGAAUCAACUCAAAUGUAACCAUCAAUUUUAUUAUGAACGAUGACGAUUCUGAUAUGGAUAGUUUUUGGAAUGAGAAUGUAAGCUCAAAUCAUUCUGCUGUAUCUAUGAAUGACUCACACUCAUCAGUGUCAGACGUUAGUGUUUCUCUUGAUACAGAUCUUGAUUCAGAUCUUGAAGAUAGUGAUGAAGAAAAUGAUCUUUCUGACUUGGAUGGGUUCUCUUCGGAAUCAAGCGCAAAUGAUGAUGAGGCUCCAAAGUCGCAGAAGGUUAAAUUUAACGACGAAUCUGUUUUUUGGACUGUUAUUCCUCAUCAACAACUUUUAUCUUCUCAAAAACCAACAACAUCGAAUAAUGCUAAUCUUGAUGAUUCAACACUUCCUUGUUCUAUUUGCCUUUGUGAUAUGCGCGAUAUAUUUGAAAAUGAAGGAAACUGUGUUGUGCAAUUAUCACUUUGUUCACACAUGUUUCACAUGGAAUGCAUUCGAGCUGCCUUUAAAGUGAAAGAACAAUGCCCAUUAUGUAUGUGUUGGUACAAGGAUCCGAUAGGCUAUCAACCUAAAGAUGCGAAGAUGACCGUCCGUCAAAUACAAGGCCAAGUGCAAGGACAUAAGGAUGCUAAAGGCUUUCAUGAAAUUACAUAUCAUAUUCCUUCUGGGAUACAAAUUAAUGGACACAUCCGACCUGGCCGUCCCUAUCGCUCAAUGACUCGCAUAGCAUAUUUGCCUAAUAACAAAGAAGGGACACAAGUAUUGAAAUUGUUGCAAUUGGCAUUCAAACGUCGACUCAUUUUUACAGUCGGUGAUUCAUUAACAACUGGACGGAAGGAUGUCCCUAUUUGGAAUGGAAUUCAUCACAAAACGAAUAAGGAAGGAGGACCGCAAUGUUAUGGCUAUCCAGAUCCUGGCUAUCUUUCACGGGUUAAAGAGGAAUUGGCCGCUGUUGGGGUUAGAAGUGAACAAUUGAAAGAUUAA